CCCCGCCCCUCACGUCAUGAACUAAAAUAUACGGAAGUGGUUCAGAACUUGUCAACAAGAAAGGCCGACUGACAUGGUGAAGUCUUCCUGAGCAAAACCACCUGCAAUGGUGCUUCUCUGUUGUUUUUUUAACCAUUAAGUCUCCAGAUAUAUUUUUUUUUAAAUUUUCUACAUUCCAGAGGAGAAGCAUCACCACAAUGACAGUCACUUACAACCGCUUUGCCCUCGUACUUUUCGUUAUAACAGCAUGCAGCCAUUUUGAGCCUGCCGUCUCCUCUGCCCGAUGUGGGCAUUCCCUCCAAGUCUUAGACAGUAAAGUGGGAGAGAUCAGGAGUUCUGCUUACCACAGCUGGUCCUACCGAUUCGGCUCCACCUAUGACUGCUGGAUCAUCAAAGGCUUGGAAGGAGAACCAAUCAUUCUCAGCUUUUCCCAGUUUUCAGCUCGGUGUAGGAAGGAAUGGGUGUCUAUAAAAUCAUCUGCUGGUGGCGAGCCGGUUGUCCUUUGUGGCUCUAAGUUGCCACAACCGAUGGAGUUCCCAGGAGGAAAUAUUACAGUGAUGCACCACUUUCUCCCGCAUCAGUUUCCUGUGUCGUCUUUUAUGCUGAACUAUGCCAGAGACUCUGGUGAAUGCCCAGUGACAUCCUUCGAGUGCCUGGGGGGCCGUUGCCUUCCUCUCUCUUGGCGCUGUAAUGGCCAGGUGGAGUGCCUCAAUGAGGGUGUAAGCCGCGGCAGCGAUGAACAGGGCUGUGAUGAGGAAGUGGAAGCCACAGAAGUCACAAAAUACAGCAACGCGCCAGAAGAAGAAGCCAAAGCAGUGACAGAGCAGAACCAUGAUAGGGACUCGGAGAGACGUAAGGCUGGAGAUAAGACACCCGAGAGAGAUGCUGAGCCUGAUCUGUGGGCGCAGCUGAAGGAGAAGACGGAGGUGGAUGGAGAGCAGCCUCAGACUCACAGGGAGCUUGCUGUGACACCCACUCCCAUUGAGUGGCCUUGUGGAGGACUCCUCCAGACCUUCUAUGGGACCUUCUCCCCUCCAGCCAUCCGGGGUCCUCCUCUCUUCUGUGUCUGGACUCUGGACCCUCAGGACUCGAGGCCACUGAGGUUGGACCUCCAGCAACUGGUGCUGGGACCUGGGGAUAGACUCACUGUGUACAACAGAGAGCAAGGCAAAGGAGACGUUAUUAAAAUUAUCACCAGCGCCUCCAAUUACAAAUCAGUCCAAGUUGAAUCCCAUACUGGCCUGCUGUCGAUGACAUACGAGACUCUUCCUGGCUCAGAGGGGAGUGGCUUCAACGCCACGUUCCACGUCGGGACCUACUGCCCCCCUUGGGAAGGCCGGUGUGGGGGAACAACAGGGGGUUGCUUUACUCAGGAGCAACGCUGCGAUGGGAAGUGGGACUGUCCUGAGACGGGGAAGGACGAGGAGGGUUGCAGGGGCUGCAGCCUGAACCAGUUUGCCUGCGGUGUGGUCGGGCAGAGAGUCGUGGCCUCCAGUCACUUUGCAGGCAGACCGGUGUGCUACCCAGUCACAGAGAGAUGCAACUACCAGCUGUACUGUGCUGAUGGCAGCGACGAGCGCGACUGCACCGUGUGUCAGCCAGGGACCUUUCAUUGUGACAGCGACAGGUGCGUGUUUGAGAGCUGGCGCUGUGACGGCCAGGUGGACUGCAAGGACGGGACAGACGAGCUCAAUUGCACCGUCGUCCUGCCUCGCAAGGUCAUCACCGCAGCAACGGUGGGCAGCCUGAUCUGCGGGCUUCUGCUGGUCAUCGCCAUGGGCUGCACCUGUAAACUGUACUCGCUCAGGACCAGGGAGUACAGCUUGUUUGCUCCAAUCAGCCGCCAGGAAGCGGAGCUGAUCCAGCAGCAGGCUCCUCCCUCCUACGGCCAGCUGAUUGCUCAGGGCGUCAUCCCCCCAGUGGAGGACUUCCCCACAGAAAACCCCAAUGAGACCUCGUCUCUUUCUCUGAGGGGAAUUCUCCAGCUCCUCCGUCAGGAUGCCGCCAACUCGCCACACCGCAGACGCAGACCCCGAUUCGUCCGCCGGGCUGUUCGCCGCAUGAGGAGGUGGGGUCUUAUCCCCAGACCUCCCCCUAGAACGAGUCAGAACUCCAGCCAGCAGCAGCCAGACGCCGCUGCCUCCGGUCAGGAACAAGCUCGCUCCGCUCCAACGAGCUCCUCGUCUGCUGUGGAGGCAGUCAACCAGCCGGUGCCUCAGAAACUUGGCUUGUUGCAGCAGCAGCAGCAGCAGGAAGGAGCACCACCUCCUCUACUGCCACCGCCUGUUGCAUCCCCACCUCCUCCUCCUUAUGCUCCCCCAGCUCCACCCUCGGCCACCUCUCACACUCCCCCUGUUGUCGUCCCCCCAAGCAGCCCCUCUCUGGCCUCCAUCUUCCACACGCUGGGCCUGAGCAUCUCCCUCUUCAGAGCUUCACCCUCCUCCACCAACUCCAUGCCCCUCUCCGCCUCCCCGUCUUUCUCCUCCACCUCGUCUUCUUCGGACGACGAUGUGCUUCUUAUCCCCCUGUCUGAGGACACCACUUCAGAGGAUGACGUACCCAUGCUGACCUGAAUGACUUCUCCACCCACCCAGCACCCCCACACCCCUCCUUUAUCCCAUUUUCUUGCUGAUUAAAAACUGAAACCCAGUCUUUCCACUUUUGUUUGAACUCAAGCACAGGAGUGGCCCACGGCAAGACUCACCCUCACUGUGCAAGUCUGGUGCCUUUUGAAAUUGAGUUGGAUUUGUUGGCUUGUGGAAUUGAGUAUUUGACCUUUUUUUAAAAAAAAAAAAUGAAUAGACCUCCUUGAAAAAGUUUUAGACGAACAGCAUGGCUGACGUACGUUUGACAUUAAGUGUAGGUCAGUGUUGGUUGUACACUUAAUGAACGCUAGGCUGCACAUUGAAGGUAAAUGUUUGCACAGAAGAAUCUUCCCUAUCCAGAAACUGAGGCAGGCUGCUGCCAGGUUGAAUGAUUAUAAUUUUAGAUAACAUGAUGGAAAACAUCGUGUUUGUUUGACUGCAACUGUGUGAAUGCACUUGCAUUUUAGUCUUACAUUGACAGUGGAGUAUGUUUGUAGAUGUGGAUUGUCUCCACGUACUUCUGCCACUUGCAUCCAGUAUCAUGUUAUAUCACAGAUAAUUAUAUAAGAAGAAUCGUUUCCCCUGUUUAAGUGCCUUUUGAGGAAUUUCCUGUAGAUGGCUAGAGGAGGUUUGGAUGAUUCCUGAGAUACACACUGCACACCAAAUACACACGGAGGCACAUGUUUUAUCGCGGCAUAACAUGCAUCAGCACAUCAGUGGCUUUAUUAUAAUAUGACAAAAAAAAAAAUCUGCAUGUCUACUCUGCAAGCGGGCAAUAACCUUUUUGGGACCCUUAUUUUAGUGCACAUUAAUUGCACCAUAACUGCGUGUUUUGAAGUACACACACGUGUACCCUUCCCAAGUGAAUGUAUGUAAUCUACAAAAGCAAAUGUGUCAAAAGACAAUCUCUUUGGUGCCUGAUUUUACAAUAUGUGUGUGUGUGAGUGUGUGUGAGUGUGUGUAUAGUGUGCACAGGAAGAUGAGGCGCCCCAGUGCUGAAAGGGGCCCUGAAUUCAUGAAACAACCUCAACUUGAAUCUUCAGCCCUUGAGGGGGAUCAUAUUUUGACUUGUGGUGUGCCAUUUGUAUUAUUGUACACUUGAUGGUGUUUUUAUUUCAAUUUCUCUUUUUUUUUUUGUUUCCUCUUGAGUUCUGUUUUGCUUUGUUGAAUGUAUUAGGUUUGAUGUAAAGUAGCUGGAAGUUUUAAAUUUGCAGAGAGAAAGUGAUUUUAAUGGUUUAUUAGGGUCAACUUCACUGUAUAUAAGUAAAAAUGUGGCUGAGAUUAAAUGAUUUGCACUUUUA